AGCAGCGAGUCAAGAGCAUUUGCCAUGUGUGCCCUAUUUGUUGUCUGCUUGCUGCUGUGCGUGCUGGGCCUGGGCCGAGGGGAGGAGGAGGAACCCAAUGUGCGCCGCAUUAUGAAGGAGCUGGAUGUGAUACCCGAUGUGCUGAAGGAGCCGCCGCAGGAACUGCUAAAGCUGCGCUUUGAGAGUGGCAUCGACAUCGAGGAGGGCAAGACGUACACGCCCACCGAGCUGAAAUUCCAGCCGAAACUGGAGUGGAAUGCCGAUGCGGAAUCCUAUUAUACGCUCAUAAUGCUGAGUCCCGAUGCCCCAAGUCGCGAAUAUCCCAUCUAUCGCUCCUGGCUCCACUGGCUGGUGGUCAACGUGCCCGGCCUGGAUGUGGCCAAGGGUCAGCCGCUCUCCGAAUACUUUGGCCCGAUGCCGCCCAAGGAGAGCGGACUCUUGCGCUACGUGGCACUCGUCUACAAGCAGUCGGGCAAACUGGACUUUGAGGAGAAGAAAAUGGAGCUGAAAAGCGCCGAGGAUCACAGCAACUUCGAUCUGGAGAAGUUCACCAAGAAAUACGAGAUGGACGCUCCAUUCGCCGGCAAUGUAUUUCAGUCCAAGUGGGACGAAUAUGUGCCAGAGCUGAUGAAGAUGCUGUACGAUAUAAAUGAGUGAGCAGGGAGUAUUAUAGAGCCAAGUAUGGUGAAGGGUUUCUAUAA